CGCGCAGAACGAAAUGAUGAGUGGUGGGUGGGCUAUAAAAAAGGAAAUGUUUACUUCUACUCUAGAUAUUAUAUUUCCCCUGUCAAAAUAGAUAAAAAGAAUACUUUUCAUACUGCAAUAAGAAAUGUUGUCAUUGCUGUGGCUCGGUUUAUGCGAGAUGUGUUUCACGUAACAUGAAAGAGUUGUAACCUUCACUGCGGAAGCUCGGCUGUGUGCGCAUGCGUACCAGAGCUGUCUCGGUGGCCAUUAUUAAUAGUGCCUGGAAAUGCCUGCUGUCAGUGUUCGCUGACGGUUCUCCAAGCGGCAGCUUUAACUGCUAAGUGAAACUGCGAAGAGCGGAGCCGCGUCCUUACAAAGAGAAGUACACUGCAAUAUCAGAACAGGAUAAGGGAGGGAUGGCGUUGCCGUUGCACCCCAGGCCAGUAGAUGGCAGUAUUUUUUUUUUGGCAGGACGACGUGAUCUUUUUUUAUGGCAGAGGAAGAGGGCGCUCCAGCUGGCCCACACUCAGCUCCUGUUUUCUAGCAGCGCCACAUUUUUUGGAACUGCUGCCGUGCGCGCGCCCGCCUCUGUAAUGGUUCGUCAGCUGUCCAACCGAAGCACUCAGUGACCAGCGCUUUACCCUCCUUUACAUUCCCUAUUAAAAAUACGCAAUGCAUUCUCUUGCGGAGGAAAUUAAAACGUUUUCGAAGGCCAGCCUGAGAAAGCAGUGCACCCACGUGACGACGCUGACUGGGAAGCGGCUGCUCGAGACGUGGAAAGACUCCGCGCUGCGCGUGGAGGAGGAAGAGGAAGAGGAAGGCGCGUGCGGCUACGUGCAGGAUUUCAGUUUGGACCUCCAGGUGGGGCAAGUGAGACCUCACGUGCUCCUGGCUUCACAAGAUGCUGCUCAAGAUUUAGACACGUUGAGGAAGUUGAAGGUUUCACACAUAUUAAAUGUCGCAUAUGGUGUGGAAAACUCUUUUCCUCAUCUGUUUGAGUAUAAAACUCUGAAUAUACUGGAUCUUCCAGAAACUCCCAUCACCUCAUAUUUCCGUGAGUGUUCACAGUUCAUAGAUGAAGCCAAAGCAAAGGAUGGAGUUGUGCUUGUUCACUGCAAUGCAGGAGUUUCUCGCUCUGCGGCGGUAGUCAUUGGGUACCUGAUGUCCAGAGAGGGGCUCACGUUUGAUGACGCCUUUGCUUUGGUGAAAGCAGCGAGGCUGGCCGUCCGCCCAAACCCGGGUUUCUAUCAACAGCUGAAAGCUUACAGGCCUCAGGAGAUGGAGAGGGAUCAUGCCAGAGAUGUCAACCUUGAAGAGCACUGAAAGGUGGAAGGAUCAGAGGUGCUGCCCAGCUGCUUUUGACCAGCGGUGUCUUCCCUGGGUGCAGAAGGACAUGCUGAGAGUUUUGAACUGGUCUCUCUGCAACAUGCAGCUGUUUCUAUACUGAUUGAGCUCUGAAACCAAAGUGUUACCAGCUCUCAGCAAUCUUCAGAGGUGCUUAGUGGACACAAAGGAAACAAGUGAAUGCAAAACAUGUGAAAGUACUCCUUGGGCUUUUUGUCUGAAGCUUAAAUAAAUAAAUUGUAAAAUGGUUUUAUAAUGUGUUCUAAUUUGGUUGAGUCGGUUCAGUGUGUGUGUAAACGAUGUAAAUCAAUAAACACAGUGAGUGAUGAUGGACAGUCAUCUGUUUAAAAAAAUAAAGAUAAAAUUUAAGGUCUAAACCUAUAUUUACGUAGCCUGCUACAUGUCAAACAUUUACUGUACCCGUGGCUAUUUCUUUGAGAUGGUCAGCAGUAGCUGAAGCACUAGUUUUAGGUGUUUCCAUGUUCAGUUUGUCAUAAACAUUUAAUGAAAAAUACUAAAUAUUGUGUCCAUCUGUCCUCAUUCAGCAAGCAGUUGCAUGUUUAGGGUCACAGUGUGUUUGUGUUUUUUUUUUUUAAGAUGACUAUAUUACCAAUAGUAUGUAUGUGAUAUAUUAACUUAAAUAUGCUUCAGUAACCUGUGAAAGAAUUUGUUGUUCAUGCCUGUGUCUUAGUUUCUAGUCAAAAAACAAGCUUGAGACAAAUUUGUGUCUUAUGACUGCACUUUUUUGGAAAAAGUUUUUCUUUGGGUUUGGCCUGUGCCUGCUCCCUGGAAGGUCUGGGGUUCGA